GUAUGAUAUCUGACCAUAGUAGCGUUCGCAGACUUGCGGGAAUUAUCUUGCGGUGUGAACCGCUUUAACAUAUGUGCUCAAUGCUAAUAUACUCUCUUGUUUUUAGCUCGAUGCUACGCUGUAAACACUCUUGUAAUGUCUUACUCACGGGUUAUCUGGACACCUUUCAUUUGUGUCUCCAUCUAAUUCAUUCACUAAGAGGCUCAAGUGAAGAGUUUACUGAAGGACAGCGAGAACAUGAGUGAUCCAGAACCCUGCAGAAUUAAACCUGAAGAUACUGAACAACAAAUAGACCUAAUUGAAGAAAAUGUGGCCAGUAAAGAGGAGGAACAUCAUGUCAAAGUUGAGGAAAAAAUUCAUUUACAUACUUUGCAAACGAGAGGCAAGAACCAAUUUACCUGCACUCAGUGUGGGAAGAGCUUCAGCCAAUCAUCAAUCCUCAUUAGACACAUGAAGAUCCACACUGAAGAUAAACUAUUUACAUGCACCCAGUGUGGGAAGAGUUUCAGACAAAUAUCAAGCCUUGAUACACACAAGAAAAUCCACACUGGAGAGAAACCAUUGACAUGCACUCUGUGUGGGAAGAGUUUCACCUUCUCAUCAAACUAUAAUGACCACAUGAUGAUUCACACUGGAGUGAAACCAUUCACCUGCACUCAGUGUGGGAAGAGUUUUACCUUCUCAUCAAACUACAAUCAACACAUGAGGAUUCACAGUGGAGAGAAACCAUUCACAUGUUCUCAGUGUGGGAAGAGUUUCAGCAUCUCGUCAUACCUUAUUAAACACAUGAGGAUCCACACUGGAGAGAAACCAUACACAUGUUCUCAGUGUGGGCAGAGUUUCAGACAAACAUCAACCCUUAAGGGACACAUGGAGAUCCACACCGGAGAGAAACCAUUCACAUGCACUGAGUGUGGGAAGAGUUUCAGAAAAAUAGCAACCCUUAAGGGACACAUGAGGAUCCACACUGGAGAGAAACCCUUCAGAUGCACUCAGUGUGGGAAGAGCUUCACCUUAUCAUCAAACUAUAGUCAGCACAUGAGGAUCCACACCGGAGAGAAACCAUUCACGUGUUCUCAGUGUGGGAAGAGUUUCAGCAUGUUGUCAUCCCUUAAUCAACACAUGAGGAUCCACACUGGAGAGAAGCCAUACACAUGCACUCAGUGUGGGCAGAGUUUCCGACAAACAUCAGUCCUUAAUAGACACAUGAAGGUCCACGCUGGAAUGAAACCGUUCAGAUGCACUCAGUGUGGGAAGAGAUUCAGCAAAUCUUCACAUCUUAAACUACACUUGAAGGUCCACACUGGAGAGAAACCAUUCAUCUGCACUCAGUGUGGGAAGAGUUUCUGCCGACUAUCCAACCUUAAUCAACACAUGACGACCCACACUGGAGAGAAACCAUUCACAUGUUCUCAGUGUGGGAAGAGCUUCAGCCAAUCAUCAAACCUUAAUCAACACAUGACGAUCCACACCGGAGAGAAACCAUUCACGUGCACUCAGUGUGGGAAGAGCUUCAGCCAAUCAUCAAGCCUUAAUAAACACAUGAUGAUUCACACUGGAGAGAAACCAUUCACAUGUUCUCAGUGUGGGAAGAGUUUCAACCAAUCAACAAACCUUAAUCACCACAUGAUGAUCCACACUGGAGAGACACCAUUCACCUGCACUCAGUGUGGGAAGAGUUUCAGCCAGUCAUCAUCCCUUAAUCUACACAUGAGGAUUCACGCUGAAGAGAAACCAUUCAGAUGCACUCAUUCUAGAGUCUUUGGUACUGCUAAACACUAUAGCCGCGUUUCCACUGUCGCACCCAAGUCAAGCUAGGGCCAGUCGUGUUUCUAUAGUCAUUUCCGGGGCCUGAUCGAGCCAAAGAGAGGCUUUCUUGGGGCCAGCAGCUAGCCGUUUCCGGCUGAAUAUCUUGGGACAAAGUGAGCGAGCUGGGGAAUCAGGAUGUAGUGAAAGGUGAGCGCUAAAAAUGGAACUGAACGCAAAUACUGUCGCUGCUAACGCAUAUUGUCAUAAUAGAUCAGCGUCUCACUCACUGAUGAAAAAAUAUUAAUAACGAAAAAACAACAAAUGAAUGCAAAUAAACAACCAGAAAUUCGAGACCGCUUUAUCCAUGAUUACAAAAUAAAAGCCAUUAAACUCUUAUGAACAAAACUGCUGUCACUGAAUUCAGAAGGCAUAAAAAAUAAAACAAAUUAAUUUCACGAGC